CACUUGGUCGCUGUAACGCACUUGCCUCUGGAGCUUUGCGAUGUGCUGCGAUGUGCUGCGAUGUGCUGCGAUGUGCUGCGAUGUGCUGCGAUGUGCUGUGUGCUGUGGCCAGCGGGGCACCUCCAUCCUCUGGCACGGCAGAGAUAGCGACCGCCACCUGCUCACGCGCCCAAAGCCAACGCAUCCAAGCAAAGGAGUGCUCUGGAGGCCGAUUGCCAGGCCGAUUGCCAGGCCCAGUCCAGUCGCGAUCGCCAGCGGAUAUGAAUACCAGGCGCCGGCCCGAUCCCAUCGGCUCUGCCAUCUGGAAUCCAAGGUGAGAUGGGCACCAUCGUCUCGAGUCCGCUGUGAGCGCCCCAGACGACACCCGACCGCCAAAGCCAGAUGCGCGGAGCACGGAGCACGGAGCACGGAGCACACCGGGCAUGGGACUUUGGAUAUCGAGAACGAAGAAUCGCGGAUCCCCUCCCUCUGUCGCUGUGCUGCCCGCGGCCGGAUAUCGAGGAGAGGGUCAUGGAUGUCAUCGAUACCGCCUCCGCCUCGAACGGAGCCGAGCGCCAGAAUCAUAUCCAGAACAAUAUGGCGGCCACAUUCAGCCUAUACGUCUCCGAUUCAGCCUAUACGACCGUGCUGCUGAUACGGCCCUCCCACGGCCGGCGCUAUGCAUCAUGCCGCAUCGGCCGCCGAUAUCCGCCGGUGUCGGCCCAGUCCCAGGCGCAGCAUCGAUCGAUACCGUUGCCUUGGCCGGCGACGCUCUCGGUCGGCAUGCCCGGCCCCUCGCAACCAGCACCCGAGGCCAUCGCCGCCGCUCGGCAUAUGUCGCAUUUCAUCAAUCAGGCUUGGUGCUGGGCUUCCUGACUUCCUCCGAGACCCCCGGAUUCCCCGGGUCGUUUGCCCGGGCCAUGCGGCAACCCAUCUCAUCAGCGCAGCCUGGCCCAUGCCACUUGUCUUGGCUCGCUUGGCUGGCCGGACGGCGGGCGGAUUCGGUUGGGAAUCUCGCCACCGACAACGGCGGAUUCAGAUGCCCAUCAGAUCCCAUCACUCCUUCACAUGGCGAGCCUGUCUCGUCGGUCUUCUGCUCGAGCUUCUACUCGAUCUGCUUGGGACCGUCUGCUCGAUACUGUUUGCGAGGGCUGCAGAUGAAGUGACUGUGGCGGACACAACCAACGCGGCAGAGGAAACCAAUGUUGCAGAUGCAACCGCUGUGGCAGAGGGUAUCAGUCCCGUCGAGGAUGGCUUGCAAGACAAAUCGCCGUUGCCCCUGCCACGUCCAGC